AUAAAACCUCUCUAGUCACCUCUUACCUUUGUGUUCUCUUAUUUUCUCUUUCUAUCAGUUUACAGAUGAAAUAAAACAGUAAGAAUGCAGCAGAAGAUCAUUGAUGUCAUACUUCUGUGUUUGUGUUUGAACGGUGUGUUCGGUGAUGAAGUGAAGUCAGUGUCAGUGAUGGAGGGACAGAAUGUUACUCUACACACUGAUCUCACUGAACUACACACACAUGAUGUGGUGGAGUGGAUGUUUGGUGUUCAGAGUCCAAAACAGAUCAUUAUAGCUGAAUAUAACAGAGAAGCCAAUUCAACAUCAUUUAACACUGACAGAUUCAAGAAUCACUUAGAGAUAGAUGAUCAGACUGGAUCUCUCAUCAUCACAAACAUCACAACUCAACACACUGGACUUUAUAAACUAGAGAUCAAUAGAAAACCUUCUGUCCUCAUCAGACACUUCAAUAUGACCGUCUAUGCUCGUCUGCCUGUUCCUGUCAUCACUAUAGACGCUUCUCAAUGUUCUUCAUCAUCUUCAUCAUCAUGUUGUAGUGUGUUGUGUUCAGUGAUGAAUGUGUCACAUGAUGUGAGUGUCUCCUGGUACAAAGGAAAGAGUUUAUUGUCCAGCAUCAGUGUGUCUGAUCUCAACAUCAGACUCUCUCUACCUCUGGAGGUGGAAUAUCAGGAUACAAACACAUACAGAUGUGUGCUCAACAAUCCAGUCAGCAACAAGACUCAACAUCUCAACAUCACUCAUGACUGCCACACAUGUUCAGCUGCAUCAUCAGUUAAAAGUCUCUUUUCUCUUUCUGUCCUUCAGUUGGUGUCCUCAGUUGUGGUUCUACUGAAACUGUGAUCCGAUUGGUCCUCUCUGUUGUAGUGGGUGUGGCUACUGUCGCUGUUCUCAUAUAUGACAUCAGAUGUAAAUGAGAAUGACAAUCACUGAUGAUCACAGAUAUUAUAAAUAUAAGAAUGAGCUUUAGCUAUUUCUUCAACAAUAUUUUAAACAGUUGUCUUUGUUGUUGUGUCUGUUUUCUGUGGUCAUGAGUCUAAAGUUAUGAAAGCCUCAUGCAGUGAUUUAAUUCAUUCUUAAAUGUUGCAAUAAAGUUAAACUAACAACAUGAAAUAA